AUGGGUCCUAAGAUUGCUAUCGCGUACUACUCCAUGUACGGCCACAUCCGUCAAUUGGCCGAAGCCGAAAAGAAAGGCAUUGAAGCAGCCGGCGGAUCCGUGACGCUCUUCCAAGUCGAAGAAACCCUCCCCGAAGAUGUCCUCGCCAAGAUGCACGCUCCUCCCAAGCCCACAGACGUCGAAACCCUCACCGACCCUGCGCAGCUCGAGCCCUUCGAUGCCUUCCUCCUCGGCAUCCCCACGCGGUACGGCAAUUUCCCCGCGCAGUGGAAGACCUUCUGGGACAAGGCGGGCAAGCAGUGGGCCACCGGGGCUUAUCAUGGAAAAUUUGCAGGCGUUUUCGUUUCCACGGCUGGCCUUGGCGGCGGACAGGAGAGCACCGUCAUGUCGUGCUUAAGCACACUGGUACAUCAGGGAAUCAUUUUCGUGCCGUUUGGCUACAAGCAUGCCUUCGCUCAGAUGGCCGACCUCAGCGAGGUCCAUGGCGGCUCUCCCUGGGGCGCAGGCACGUUUGCCUCCUCGGACGGAUCGCGCCAGCCCUCGCCGCGGGAGAUUGAGAUUGCGACCAUCCAGGGACGAACGUUCUAUGAGACUGUGGCCAAGUCUGUCAAAUGA